UGACGCCAGUCUCGUUGAAAUAAUAUUAAAACUAAUGAACAAACAUGUUAGAUUAUUGAAUCGUCAAACCGACUUUGAACUUUAAAAAAUACAUAUCAUAUGUAUACAUUUUUUUCUUAUCGGGAAACUUAAAAGGCAUGACAGGAAGAGCAUGACGAUUGGUCCUUCGCAGGGCCUUUUUCAAUAACGAUUGGCGAAGCCUUCUGUCAAUCAAAUUUUAACCGUCGUCCUCGUGUUCUUCUAACCAAUCACAGGGUUUGUUUUCGAGUUGUAGUGGGCGUGCCAAAGCGCGUGGAGGCUCGCUCUGUGGGAGCUGUCAUCGGUAACAAGCUGGAGUGCUGCCGUUAGCUAGGGAUGCUAACCAGUGUCUCGAUUGGGAAUACCACCAACAGGCUUCCACUUCAGCAUGACACCGGGCUCCAGGGAGGGGAUCGGUGUCGAUGGGAGGAGGAAUCCGUCCAGAAAGCCCGAAGGUUGCGACGAAGAGGAGAGCGGAGAGCAGGCGACCGAGGAGCGCAGUACAAAGGGAGACGACGGAGUGGAGAGUCUUAAUCCAUCAGCUGCGGGUCUCAGCCCCGGUUCAGCCCCGGUCCUCCCAGCCUCUCCGCCGAACCGAACCGGACUUGGCUCGACCCAGCAGCCCCAACCCUCCGCGGAGCCCGCCCCUCCGUGUCACGAUCAACAUCAUUUUCUCCGAUCAAGUGUCCGACCUCCAAGCAAACGGAUCCGGAAGGAUUCAAUCGGCUCAACCAUCAAUGGACAUGGCGGGGCAAAAUCGAAAGGGGCAGAGAAUGGCUCUUCCUCUCAGGGGGCAGUGGGACAGUCGGGGCCUGUGGCUGGCUCUACGGGGGGAGUGUCCAAGGCAUCUAAGGGCCAAGGGUCUACUGAGAAGGAGGAGCAAGCCGGUAACCAGAAGAGGGCCCGUCGGCAGUGGGAGUCUUGGAGCGCUGAGGACAAAAACAGCUUUUUUGAGGGGCUCUAUGAGCAUGGGAAGGAUUUUGAGGCUAUCCAGAACAACAUUGCAAUGAAGUACAAGAAGCGAGGGAAGCCGGCCAACAUGGUGAAGAACAAGGAGCAGGUCCGCCACUUCUACUACCGGACGUGGCACAAGAUCUCCAAACACAUCGACUUUGCCAAUGUGUAUUCCCGAGUGCUGAAGAAAUCCUCUCAAGAGCUUUACGGUCUCAUCUGCUACGCUGAGCUCCGCAAAAAAGUUGGAGGAUUAAUGGAUGAUAAGAAUGUAGCAAAGCUGAACGAACUCAUCCAGCAAGGGGCCACCACUGUGCGCUCCAAAGGGAGGAACCUUCGAAUCAAAGCACCCAUGUGCCGUGCACUGAAGAAACUCUGUGACCCAGAUGGAGUAAGUGACGAGGAGGACCAGAAGCCGGUGCGUCUUCCCCUGAAGGUGGCAGUGGAGCUCCAACCACGCAGCAACCACUCCUGGGCCCGUGUUCAGAGUCUAGCUCACAACCCUCGCCUCAGGAUGGUGGUGGAGCUCCACAGGAAAGUCUCCAGCCUCAUUGAGUAUCUGAAACAGAAGUGGGCAUACCACGACCAGCGGAUUCUCAAGAGUCUGAUGGAGAGGGAGGCUCUGAAGGGUAGCCAAUCCAGCACAGCCUCUCCCAGCAAAUCCCAGCCGGAGGAACUCUUUCUUUUCCCGGCCGAGAGCAGCACCUUGACCAUGCUGCCUGGCGUGGCACGUGUGGUUCACUCCAAGGCCUCCUGCACUGUUCACUGGCUAGAAAGUGGAAAGAACCGGCCUAACGCGAAGGAACUGCCCGCUGCCCAGAUCCUGGGAAUUCACACCGCUCCACCACUUCGGACUGGCGCCAAAUCUGGACGAGGAAGCGCUGCCGCUGCUGGUGGUGGUGUUUCAGUAACUGUAUUGAGUGACACUCGUCGAACUGAGCCCAUAAACCCUGAGCCCUCAUCAGACAGUUCUGCAAAGCUAGAGGAGAAGAGACCAAUAUCUGUUUCUGUCCCUGCUUCCUCUCAGCAGGCUCCCAGAGAAGAGGGAGCUGUGAUGGGCCCCUCUGAAGGGGGCAAGACGUUCAUUGGAGCGGAGGCCAGUGGUGGCUUAUCAAUGACCAAAAGCAAUGAUAAGUUGUGUAGUGGUGCAGAGAGCUCAUCGGAGCAGUGCAGAGAAGAGCAGAACACCAGCACCUCUUCCCCAGAGGCCAAUCAGACACCUCCAGCCAAGCCUCUCGUGGCUGGCUCAGAGGAGGGCGUGCCGCAGGGCUCUGCCCCAGCAGCCAAAGAGCGGACUGUUGAGCAGAUCAGAGAGGAGGGCUGGAGUGCCCGUGACGCAGAGAACGUCACCCUGGCUGAGUUAUACUUGAUGUUAGGAAAGCCUGGCAAGCUGCAGCUGGAAUAUGAGUGGCAACCUAUUGCAGUUACUCACAACAACCAACAAAACGGACAAGCCUUGACACAACCCAAGCCCAACAGGACACACCGUGUGCUGCGCUGCCUGCUCAGGCUGGUUGCAACUGAGGUCAAUCCAAAACCGUUGGCUCCAGAGCUGUGUUCCACAGCCACAUCACCACUCAAGACCCAUCAGGAGGAGCAAAAUCAGGCCCUCACACCUCCAGGAAAGGGUCCAUUAGCAGGCGUUCGUAGCCCCAGCUGUGGCCGACAGCAGGCCUCUAUGCGAGGGGCCAGGUUACACCUGCCAAACAUCGGAGGCUCAGGUGGUCGCAACCUUCCCCGCUCCCUGCUGGGGUCGACAGCAGGCAGCGAUACAGAAGGCGGUGUGUUCGCAGUACCCACCACGCUCCCCCCCAACAGUUCACGCCACAACAGAAUGUUCUCCCCCAACAAGGAGGCUGAGUUGGCCUUAAGGCAACAGCUCGACUCUAUCAGUAUGCAGUCAGAUCUUUUCCUUUCUAGACCACGAAAACCUCGUAACAGACAACUUCGGAAACCACUUGUAGUUCAGCGAACUCUUUUACCCCGAACUACUGGAGACACUCCGCAGCAUGUUUGCUCCUUCUCCAUCCUCUCCAACUCUGCCACAGGAACUGGAUCUUUCCGGCCAAUCCAGACUCGUCUGACUCCUUCCUCCCGCCCCCUCCUGUCCAAAACUUCCCCUGUCGCCUCUAGCUCAGCAGCGGCCAGCCAGCUCGCCAGUGCCAUCGACCUGGCAGCGAAGUCUGCGGGCAUCAUCCCUGGCAGUCCCUGUCGGGAGCUGGAUUCUCCCACUGUUGAUAACAGCUCCCUGCUUGGCACCACGCCCAUUGUAGAUGCUGAACCAAACUCUCAACUGCUGCAGCACAAUGUCCCAGAGAACGGUCUGCCUCCACCGUCUCCCGGAGUGACCGGUGGUGGAGACUCGCUCCUCUCUCCGCCCAGCGUAGCCUCACUCCUGGACAUCUCUCUCCCCGGCCCCCCUGAAGAGGCUCUCGCCCCCGGAGAACCUCAAACACACAUCAGUGACUCCAUCAUCGAGCUCGCCAUCAACUCUGCCCACUAUGGUGAGGAGGCGGCUCUCUCUCCAGCCAAGCUGAGCAACAGCGACAGCUCCAAACUGUUGGCCUCGUCUCCCUCAGUCAGCCCGUCCCGAGGCUGGAUCCCAUCACCCAGCCACGAUCCCCAGUGGUACCCCAGCGACUCCUCUGACUCCACACUGGGAUGCCUCCUCUCCAGCAUGGUCUCUCCUGAUAAGGGCAGGCGGACCACCCUAACCCCCUCUGGCCCCUCCAGUGGCACGGCUUUGCUUGGUCCUAGCCUCCUGGACUGCAACUCCCAUGAUUCCUUUCAGUCCCGUGGCCUUCCAGAUGUGGCAGAAAUGGACUCUCAGCUUGCUUGUAUGAUGAGCGAGAGCAGCGUGGACUACAUCGCUCGCUUCAAUGACCUGGCUCAGGAGCUGGCUGUGACCGAGCCCUCCAUCCCACCGCCCUGAGGAGGUAGAGGAACUGGCUCCACCGACCCACAGCCAUCUGGAGACAUCUCGGUGUCUAAACUGUCGCCACGCUUAUCCCUUCUACUUUGGAGGAAAAACAACAGCGGAGAUUGACCAAUCCCCAAAGCCAUCCCUGCCCUGUUUGUAAAAGUGCAAUAAUUAACGGUGAACCUUGACCAUUGUUCAAAGCGAGUUAGAAACAUGUUGGUUUCACUGAACUGUUCUUUAAGGUGAAAUGCCCUUUAAAAACAAACACUUUAGAAAAACAGAUGCGUUUACAAAACACAACCUCAUGUACAGGAAAAUACUAUGCCAUAUCUGAACAAAAAAAUAUUUUCACUGAUCUUUUAUGUCUCUUCCUGCUCUUUGUGUGUGUGUGUGUGUGUGUGUGUGUGUGUGUGUGUGUGUGUAUGUGUGGGUCUGUCUGUCUUCUUCUCUCUCAGAUUUACCCCCCAAAAAUGUGUAAAUCCGCCAAAAUGUGCAGUUCAGAUCCCAGCCGGUGGCAAACCGCUGCUGGAAAGGGAAUGUUGAAAAUAAUGGCAGCAAGAAGGGGGUUGCAUAGUUGUUUCUUUGUGGCCUCGGUUGCAAAAAUAGAGCACAACACAGUAGGGAAGGUAGAAGUAAAAUCUUUUGCUGUUGCCCUCCAUUUCAUGUGCUCUUCAUAUCCGAUCAGUUCAGGUUUUAUUGGUUGCAUUUUUAGGAAGAAAGCCUGCCCCGCACAUGUGUGUUUGGAAUCAGGUUCUUCAUUUUGUUAUACAGUCAGAUGUCACAUGCAAAACGGCAGCUUUCGUUGGUUGACUACAUUUUGGUAGUAGCUCUACAGAUGUGAUCAUCAGUGACUCCCCUUGAAUUUUGUGCUGAAAUCAUAUUGGAGUUCAGUGUCAAUCACUUAUAAUGUCUGAUGAAGAUAAGACCCAUUGACUGGCCUUCAGGUCGGUUUGUUGUUGCAUAAACGGGUUAAGAAGAAAUAACAUACUUCUGCUUUCUUUUUCCACACACUUGGAUUUAUCUUUCCUUCAAGUUCUAAUUAGUUCAGACAAAAUAUGACCAACCACAUUUAUUUUCAUUCAGACUAAAAUUCAAAAUGUUUUGGGUACCUCCAAAAGUUCCUGGUAGUGUUACACUCCGUUUAAACUCCACAGGAGCUAGCAGUACGUAUGUAAUCAAACACUAAAGCCAUAGUUGACACUCCACUUUUUGUACUUUUAAGUCUUGUAGUCUUCUUUAAACUCUAGUAAAACCCUCUGAUUGGUUGUGCUCAAUACAUAAUUCCCCAUUGAUACUGGAUGCAAUUAAAACACUAGGGCUAAGGUCAACAUGAUUGGCUUCUAAACAUCAUCCCUUUAGCCUCAGCCCAGUCUCUAUGUGAUGACGUUAAGAGGUUAAAACAUGCUUUUAAAUACUUUCUGUUACAGUGGAUCCACCGUUCCCCAUGUUAGUUUCUCACCUGAGAUGCACUGUUGUUUACAGCGAAUACACACAUACCAUGUGACGAUGGUCACAUCCAGACGUUCUCUGAAUUUCAAUUUACCAGCAUCAUCAAUAUGCAGUAUUGUAAACAUUUUUGCCUCAUCAGCGUGUUUAACUUCAUCUCCGUGAGUGUAAAUUGUAGGAGAGCUUUUGUCGUCAUUCCACAAAUGGGAUUUAAAACGUGGGUCUCCUUCGAGCACCUUUGGGGGGCUUUGACGCUAAAAUGUAAAAGCUCUUGUGAUUAUUAAUUUGGGAAAGGCUUUAUCUCACACUAGAUGAAAAAACAAUGAAGAUGGUUCUUAAUAAGGAAUAAACAGCAGGUUUUAUCUUUGAAUCUGGCAUGUUUUCUUUUUUUUUUUUUUGUUUUUCUGUUGAAGGAUUUAUUUGUACAAAUGGCAAUUCCAGUAUUCACUGCGCUUUUGUAACAUAAUGUAAAUUGUUAUUUGGACUAUUUAUUGUUAACAUUUCAGAAAAAUGUUUCUGUUUAACUUAAUAUUAAGAUCUAAAAAGGAAAAACCUGUUGUUUAAAGUUUUCAGUUUGUAAAAGGUGUUUUUAUUCUGUGUAUAAAGAUAGUUAUAAAAAAAAAAGUUUUGUGUGUGCUUUUGUGUUAAAACCUGUUAAAAUUCAAACUUUUAAAAUAAUAGUUGGUGACCUUUUAGAUUAUUAUCUAAGGUUUUGCUGAGUGGUUUCUCUUCAGACCCAGUACUGAGAGUUGAGUUAGCAGCUCAAUCUAGUUUAAAAGAAAAUGCAUUUCAACCCAGCUGAAACAUUUAUUAAACAAUUAAUUAAA